AUGAUUGGGGUUUGUGGUCGGAAUGAGAGAGUACCAGUGAACCAGCAGCAGGCGGGUAGCAGCACGGUUGGUGAAUCUAGAUACCAGUUCCUAUGGCCGCGAACCACGGCUAAGGCCGCGACGGAGACGGGCGCGGGGCCCGUGCCGGACAGCCCCGCACUGCCCUCGAGCCCGGGACGCCGCGCCGGCCCCGGCCAGAGGCGGCUGCUUCCUGCCCGCGCUUCUGAUUUCCUCCCUUCUCGCCGCUCCUGGGCGCCGCGGCCGCCAGCGGGGUCCGGAGCGGCUUCCGCGUCCCCCCGAGGAAACAGGACGAGGGGUUUUGACCCACCACAUCAAAGUGACACAAGAACUAUUUACAUAGCCAACAGGUUUCCUCAGAAUGGCCUUUACACACCUCAAAAAUUUAUAGAUAACCGGAUUAUUUCAUCUAAGUAUACUGUGUGGAACUUUGUUCCAAAAAAUUUAUUUGAACAAUUCAGAAGAGUGGCAAACUUUUAUUUUCUUAUUAUAUUUUUGGUUCAGCUUAUGAUUGAUACUCCUACCAGUCCAAUCACCAGUGGACUUCCAUUAUUCUUUGUGAUAACAGUAACCGCCAUAAAGCAGGGAUAUGAAGAUUGGUUACGACAUAACUCAGAUAAUGAAGUAAAUGGAGCUCCUGUUUAUGUUGUUCGAAGUGGUGGCCUUGUAAAAACUAGAUCAAAAAACAUUCGGGUGGGUGAUAUUGUUCGAAUAGCCAAAGAUGAAAUUUUCCCUGCAGAUUUGGUGCUUCUGUCCUCAGAUCGACUUGAUGGUUCUUGUCAUGUUACAACUGCUAGUUUGGAUGGAGAAACUAACCUGAAGACACACGUGGCAGUUCCAGAAACAGCAGUAUUACAAACAGUUGCCAGUUUGGACACUCUUAUAGCUGUGAUAGAAUGUCAGCAGCCAGAAGCAGACUUGUACAGAUUCAUGGGACGAAUGAUAAUAACUCAACAAAUGGAAGAAAUUGUAAGACCUCUGGGGCCAGAGAGUCUUUUGCUUCGUGGAGCCAGGUUAAAAAACACAAAAGAAAUUUUUGGUGUUGCUAUAUAUACUGGAAUGGAAACUAAGAUGGCAUUAAAUUACAAGAGCAAGUCACAGAAACGAUCUGCAGUAGAAAAAGUGAACCAAAAUUGGCAGAAAAUGGCCGAAUCUACUCCUGAAAGGUGGCAGCAGCAAGGUGAAAGGUUUAAGAGUGCAGCUUCUUGCCUGAAGGCACUCACUAAUUCAUGUGCUACACAGGGCAUUAGAGAGCCUGAGCUUUACAAGAUUGAAGUCUUGGAGGACAAGAUCCUGAGAUUCAUUUCAGACUUCCUUGCCUUUUUGGUACUCUACAAUUUCAUCAUUCCGAUUUCAUUAUAUGUGACAGUUGAAAUGCAAAAAUUUCUUGGAUCAUUUUUUAUUGGCUGGGAUCUUGAUCUCUAUCAUGAAGAAUCAGAUCAGAAAGCUCAAGUCAAUACUUCCGAUCUGAAUGAAGAGCUUGGACAGGUGGAAUAUGUGUUUACAGAUAAAACUGGUACAUUGACAGAAAAUGAGAUGCAGUUUCGGGAAUGUUCAAUUAAUGGCAUUAAAUACCAAGAAAUCAAUGGUAGACUUGUGUCAGAAGGACCAACACCAGACUCUUCAGAUGGAAACUUACCUUAUCUUAAUAGUUUACCCCAUCUCACAACCAGUUCUUCCUUCAGAACCAGUCCUGAAAGUGAAACUGAACUGAUUAAAGAACAUGAUCUCUUCUUUAAAGCAGUCAGUCUCUGUCACACUGUACAGAUUAGCAGCGUUCAGACUGAUGGCAUUGGUGAUGGUCCCUGGCAAUCCAACCUUGCACCCUCCCAGUUGGAGUAUUAUGCAUCUUCACCGGAUGAAAAAGCUCUAGUGGAAGCUGCUGCAAGAAUCGGCAUUGUAUUUAUUGGCAAUUCUGAAGAAACUAUGGAAGUUAAAACACUUGGAAAACUGGAACGGUACAAACUGCUUCAUAUUCUUGAGUUUGAUUCAGAUCGUAGGAGAAUGAGUGUAAUUGUUCAGGCACCUUCAGGUGAGAAGUUUUUAUUUGCAAAAGGAGCUGAAUCAUCAAUUCUUCCUAAUUGUGUAGGUGGAGAAAUAGAAAAAACCAGAAUUCACGUAGAUGAAUUUGCUUUGAAAGGGCUGAGAACUCUGUGUAUGGCCUAUAAACGGUUGACAUCUAAAGAGUAUGAGGCAAUAAAUAGACGUCUCUUUGAAGCCAGAACCGCCUUGCAACAACGGGAGGAGAAACUGGCAGAUGUCUUCCACUUCAUAGAGAAAGACCUGAUAUUACUUGGAGCUACAGCAGUGGAAGACAGACUGCAAGAUAGAGUUCGAGAAACUAUUGAAGCAUUAAGAAUGGCUGGUAUCAAAGUAUGGGUACUAACCGGAGAUAAACAUGAAACAGCUGUCAGUGUGAGUUUAUCAUGUGGACAUUUUCACAGAACCAUGAACAUCCUUGAACUUAUAAACCAGAAAUCAGACAGUCAAUGUGCUGAGCAAUUGAGGCAGCUUGCCAGAAGAAUUAAAGAGGAUCAUGUGAUCCAGCAUGGGCUGGUGGUAGACGGGACUAGCCUGUCUCUUGCACUCAGGGAGCAUGAAAAACUAUUUAUGGAAGUUUGCAGAAAUUGUUCAGCUGUAUUGUGCUGUCGUAUGGCACCACUGCAAAAAGCAAAGGUAAUAAGACUGAUAAAAAUCUCACCUGAGAAACCUAUAACAUUGGCUGUUGGUGAUGGUGCUAAUGAUGUAAGCAUGAUACAGGAAGCACAUGUUGGCAUAGGAAUCAUGGGUAAAGAAGGAAGACAAGCUGCAAGAAACAGUGACUAUGCAAUAGCUCGAUUUAAAUUCCUCUCCAAAUUGCUUUUUGUUCAUGGUCAUUUUUAUUAUAUUAGAAUAGCUACCCUUGUACAGUAUUUUUUUUAUAAGAAUGUGUGCUUUAUCACACCCCAAUUUUUAUAUCAGUUCUACUGUUUGUUUUCUCAACAAACACUGUAUGACAGCGUGUACCUGACUUUAUACAAUAUCUGUUUUACUUCCCUACCUAUACUAAUAUAUAGUCUGUUGGAACAGCAUAUAGACCCUCAUGUAUUACAGAGCAAGCCUACCCUCUAUCGAGACAUUAGUAAAAACCGUCAACUAAGCAUUAAAACAUUUCUUUAUUGGACCAUCCUGGGUUUCAGUCAUGCCUUUAUUUUCUUUUAUGGAUCCUAUUUUCUCAUUGGAAAAGAUAUAUCUCUGCUUGGGAAUGGCCAGAUGUUUGGAAACUGGACAUUUGGCACCUUGGUUUUCACAGUAAUGGUUAUUACAGUCACAGUCAAGAUGGCUUUGGAAACUCAUUUUUGGACCUGGAUCAACCAUCUUGUUACCUGGGGAUCUAUUAUAUUCUAUUUUGUAUUUUCUUUGUUUUAUGGAGGGAUUCUCUGGCCAUUUUUGAGCUCCCAGAAUAUGUACUUUGUAUUUAUUCAGCUCCUAUCAAGUGGUUCUGCUUGGUUUGCCAUAAUACUCAUGGUUGUUACAUGUCUACUUCUUGAUAUUGUGAAGAAAGUAUUUGAACGACAGCUCCAUCCUACAAAUACUGAAAAGGCGCAGCUUAUUAAAGCAAAUUCAAGUGUCAAGUGCUUGGACUCCAUGUGCUGUUUCUCAGAAGGAGAAACAGCGUGCGCAUCUUUUGGGAGAAUGCUGGAACGAGUAGUAGGAAGAUGUAGUCCGACCCACGUCAGCAGAUCAUGGAGUGCAUCGGAUCCUUUCUAUACCAACGACAGGAGCAUCUUGACUCUCUCCACAAUGGACUCCUCUACCUGUUAAAAGGGCAGUAGUACUUUGUGGGAACCAUUUCAACUCCUUUCUUAAAAUUCAGUGUGAUCAUCAUGGUAAUGGCCACACUAGUUCUGCAGGAUUACUUUCUUAAAUUUAAGAUAUUUCAUACUCAUUCAGAGUUAUAAUGGCAAACAAAAGCAUUAACACAAACACCUUUCAGCACCCUUAACCUAAAUCUGAACAUGUCAGAAUUUGUGAAACAGACAUUUUCCAUCUCUUUGGAUUGUCCCUUGUGCUUAUGGUACUCCUAAUGCAUUUCAGCCUCUUGCUAAGGCCACUAUAUUUUAAUAUCAAGGUAGAAAAGAGAGGUAAUUCCUAAUUAAUUGUAUAUUUUAGUAUUAGCUUGGUUAUCGAGUCUUCUAAUCUGCUUCUGUAAAUUAUGCUGAAAAGUUUGCCUUGAAAACUCUAUUUUUUUAUUAGAGUUAUAUUAAGCUUUUCAUGUGAAAAGUUAAUGUGAAUACAAAGGAAUUUUGGUCGCUCAGUGACCCAUGUCGUUAAUUCAUUAGUGCUUUCUAAGUUCACAGAGUAAAGUAGGAGAAUGCAUUUCCCACCAUUUUUUGCUGCAUUAUGGGUGGUAACAUAUAUACCAGUACCAAACUUCUUGAAAUACUGUAACACAACCAGUAAAAUUAACCACAUAUAUGCAAAGGGUAUAUUAUAUAUAUAUAAAUCAGGAAUCAAGUCCAUUCACCAAAUUUCAAAUUGAUGUUUACUAAUAUUUUUGUGACAGAAUACGAAGAACCUGUAGUGGGUAAAUUACAUACCAUUAGCAUAUUAUUAUUUAAUGUGUUUAUCAUUGGAUCUUUUGCAUGCUUUGAUCUGGUUAAUCUAUUUAAAUUUGCUUUUUUUUUUUUCCCCUCUCUGAAGAAAGCUCUGUUUAUAGUAUUUUCUGACACUGUUGUAAAGUUUAACUGUAUCAAUAAAAAACAAGUUUGGACAGUAUUUAAAUAUUGCAACUAUUUUUAAUUAUGUAAAUCAAAAUAUUAGGGUAAUUAAAUCAGAAAAAAGAUAAGAGCCUCUUUCUUUGGCUAAUUUAGAAUUGCUCUUGCCUUUCAGUAAGCUAGAUUAUAGAAUAAAGGAUUUCAGAUAGGAAUCCUGUUAUUCAUAGGAUAGUAUGCAUUACCUAAGUUAUAGUAGACCACCAUAGUAAAGUGAAAUCUGUCCAGUGUCCCAUCACAAGGUAUAUUUUCAGGCAUGGCUACAGAAUGUCAGUGAAACAAAGUUUAAAAUGCUAAAUCUUAGGGGGUAAUGGCAGCAAUAAAUAAAAAUGCUAAGAAUGGUUAAUCAGGUACAUGUUGCUGUAAUUAACUCACUGUACUUCAGUACUCAGUUUCCGUCCCAAGUUUAUCAUAUGAUCAGCAUUGUCAUUUGUUUUAAUAAAAAGUAAUGUCAUUUUAAAA